AUGUCGUUAAGGAGGGUAGAAAAAGAGUUCCCCAAUCCGAUUUUACCUUCUGCCAAUGCAUUAACUCGUUUCCUGGCUGGUUACUUCACUGGGUUUUAUCCUCACUGCCCGUUCACGCACUCCCCAACAUUCAAACUCGAAACGUGUUCACCAGAGCUUUGCUUGGCCAUGAUGGCAGUGGGAGCACAAGACAGAUUUGAGACCACUUCGGCAAGACUGCUCUUCCGCUUCUCCAAGGCAUUGUUAUUUGAUAGCCAACAGAGAAGUAUAGCUAGAAACCAGUCUGAGUCUUUGUCAGAGGGAGGCACGUCAAGUUUCGAGUCAAUCGACCGGCUGGGGUGCUUGCUUUGCCUCGCUCAGUUUGCGACAUGGCAAAGUGACGCAAGUCUGAAAACGGAGGCCUGCAUUUUACAAAGUCUUCUUUCUCAAUCCUUGCGAUUGAGCGGCCUGGAAGAAAAUCCACAAUCGAUGGAACGCUGCAGCUGGGAGGAAUGGACGCAAGAAGAAUCAGCACGACGGACAAAAUUUUUCGCGUUCUGUUUCCUUGGAAUUCAAAAUAUUGCCAACGAUACACCGCCUAGCAUUUUGUGCGAUGAGAUUAACCUGAGGCUUCCAUGCUCUUGUCCGGAGUGGACUGCGCCAGAUGCAGUCACCUGGAACCUAUUGCGACAGACUACUCCUAAUGAACAAGGACUGUUCCGUGAUACUUUAAACGCCCUGUUAUCUCCAAACUACCGACCGACCUACAGCAAUUCGCCUGUUGCAAAUUAUGUUCUGAUUCAUGGACUGCUGCAAAGCAUUGUUUGGACUCGACGCUCUGUAUCCGGUACCUUGUCAUUGGCCUCGUCAGAGGAUUAUGAAGAAACAUUCGACAAUGCUCUGCGUAGAUGGACCUCAUGCUGGCAGCAAACACCAGAGUCAAACCUUGAACCUCUAGAUCCCAAUGGUCCUCUACCGUUCAAAUCGAGUGCCCUUCUCAGCCUUGCCUACGUUCGAAAUUGCUCCGGUGUGUCUAAAUCGAGGAAUAUCUUCUCCUGGAUACCAUCCAAGAUCGCUGAAUCCCUUCGAUCCUCUCUAAUCGUGGACCGCAAAUGGAGCUCGCUCUUAUCCGCCUAUCACGCAACAAAUUUCCUUGCGACACUGGUCAACCUUGGUAUUCAGUAUUUCAAACAUAAUCAAGCGGUACUUUGGAGCAUUGAGGCCACCCUUUGCGGCCUCGAGUCCUGUGUAUUUCUUGAGAAAUGGCUAUCUCAUGUCCAGAGUACCAAACAAGAUAGCCCCUUAACAGAUCAUGAAAUCCGACUCAUAGAAUGGAUUCAAGAGGUUGUUCAUGAGGGCUUAUCGUCAGUCAAUGACUCCUCCUUUGAGGGCAACAUACGACCCGUCCUAUUACCAGAUCAGAUCAUCGCAAUUUGGUCACACAUAAUGCUAGGGAAUUCCCCAUUUCCGUUCAUAAAGAUGAUAGGAGAGACCCUAGUUGCAUAUGGAAAGAAUUAA